UUCAGGUUAUAACAAUGACAAGCCCGUCUGCUAUGAUCUGGAACAACUUGAGUGAAGGUAGGAGUAGUUCCCCUUACUGCGGAUCACCACUGGAUAUUCUCCCUUGUUCACCGUCAUGUUUACCUAUGCCUCCAAGUGAACAAAAUAAUCAGAUACGUUCCCAGAUUAGAAACAUGGAGCAGCAGAUCAGAUUACGUAGUAGAGCAGCAGAAGUUAGAUGGUCUUCCGAUAAAUGUCAACAGUCUACAACUGGUUAUACUAUGGGUAAAGUUUUGAAUGUUUUGGACAUGUUGGACAGACACAACUUUGAUAAAGUAGAAAGUAACAAUUGUCUAGACUCACUAUAUAACAAAAUCUUCACUGUCACACAGAACAAAGAUGGAAAUGAGCCAUUGGUCAGUGACGAGCCAAUCAUGACGCUGCUUAUAGACUGGGCUGUUAGUACCAAGAGACAAGGUGCUCAUAGAGCUGUUGUGGUUGCUAAGUUACUAGAGAAAAGGCAAAGUGACAUUAGGGCAGAGAAAUAUGGGGAUUCAGAUGUACCUGAUGAUAAAGAUUCUGCUGGUAGUGAUAUGAUGAUACCAGCCAGUGUUCCUGUCUUCCAAUCCCUACUUCUUAACUUCCUAGAUACUAAAGCUCCUGUUCUAGACGAUACAGCUAACUCGAGUGAGGACAGCCAGCAAGCGUUCGCUAACUUGAUCCACCUGUUCUCAGAGUUAAUACGGCAUGAAGUGUUCUCACACGAUGCGUACAUGUGCACAUUGAUCUCACGUGGAGAUCUCAUGUCCGCGCCAGCUGUAGCUUCCAUGGUGGCCGACAGUGUCGACUUGCUCAGUAUGAAGAGUGAAGUGGAGAGUAUUAAACAUGAACACCAAGAUGAUAUUAAGGUGGACAUGGACAUACAUACAAUGGAUACAGAUUUUGGUAGCUUCUUUGACGUGAAAGAUGAACCAAGACUUAGUCCAACUGCACCUGCUUCCGUUAAAUCAAUUAAGUCAGAGAAAGAGCAGCCUAUAGCAAGUGUAAGUAAGCCCGAGCCGCCGAUGAUGGCUGAGCUCAAAGGUCCAUCCAGACAUCAGCAGUACGCUACCCACUUCCCACUACCUCAAGACGAGUUGUCGAGUCACGAAUGUAAUCAAAGACUAGUGGUUCUGUUCGGUGUUGGAAAAGCUCGAGACGCUGCUCGCCACAUCUUAAAAAAGGUCGGGAAAGAGAUCCUACGAUUGUACAGUCGUAAAAGCUGUAUAGACAUGAGCAGCGGUGAUCUCGGUAAACCGAAGAAAAAGAAGGAUAAAGACGAACCUAGUUCGGUAUCGGUUGUCGGUAACUUAGAAGUGCUGUUUGGAAAGUUUCAUAAGUUAUCAUAUUAUGAUCAACAUGUGGUCACGUGGCAGUGUACCAUGGCAGUUCACGAACAGAUCAAUUGUUUUACGUCGGGAACGUCGACGUAUUUACCGCAGGUGGAGAAUAUAUCAUACUUGUUUGAUCUGAUGGAACAUUCAAUGGCUGUUAAUACUCUCCUAGAAUUUUCAGUACAGCUUCUGAAAGAUUUGAGUAUAGUGGAGAGCCAAUUGUCUGCCAGUAACUCUAACUUAUCUGGCAUCUACACAACAUCACUAUGUCUGUGUAUUGUGGCAAUCUUCAGGAAAUAUCAUUCCUUCCUGCUAGUCUCUGAAGAUCUCACAUUUCAGGCAUUUGAAGGUUUGAUAGGAGUGGUGAAGCAUGUAUGUAACCCAGCCGACUGUUCAUCAGCAGAAAGGUGUAUCCUGGCAUACCUGUAUGAUGUCUACACAUCCUGUAGCUAUCUCAAGAACAAGUUCCAAGAGAUGUUUAGUAAUGCCUACUCUAAGAUACGAGUAACGUUAUAUGCUGAUAUCAAGCCAUCUGCCUCUAACCUCAUGUGGGAUCCAGCAUUCAUGGGGAGCUUCUUGGAAAAUGCUAAGACAAUACCUAUAGAACAGGCAUUGAUAGAUCAGCUGAAUAAACAAGGAGCUAGUAGAUACAGUUUUGUUGUGAACACAAUGCUGAAUAUCUGUAAAUUUCUACUCUCAUCUGACAG